UCCUGUUCGGGGUGAAACUAUUUAGAUGGCUAACAUUAGCAGCAAAGCUCGAUGUUGAUGACAUGUAAGGGAAUGGCGAAGAGUCAAAUAUUUUGAGAGGACAUUCCAUACAGACGCGGCUUAACAGUUCUUUUAAAGUAAUUUUUCUACCUCUUCAACGACGCAGCGGAUGGCCUACACAGCGUUUAUUGUGGGACCUACAUAAAAAAGACGGCACACUAAUUUGUACCUAUGCAUGAGUAAUGAACUUGAACCCCUUCUGGAGCAUGGCUGCCAAUACAAGUCGCAAGCAGAGAUCUGAUCCUGAGGAACAGAGUGGACAUGGGGAACCAAGAGCCAGCCCCGCCCGGCUGCCAUUUGGCAAAAAGCAGCUUCCAGCCAUCCCUAAGAAUGCAGCGCCCAUAACCAAACCGUCAAUGACAGGAACUCCAGCCCAGUCUGCCAAUGGAACACAUGCCUCCUAUGGCCCUUUUUACUUGGAGUACUCGCUCUUGGCAGAGUUCACACUGGUGAUUAAGCAGAAACUCCCUGGAAUUUAUGUCCAGCCAUCCUACAAGUCAGCACUCAUGUGGUUUGGGGUCAUAUUCAUCAGACAUGGUCUAUACCAGGAUGGUGUCUUCAAGUUCACUGUGUAUAUUCCUGAUAACUACCCAGAUGGAGAGUGUCCAAAACUAGUGUUUGACAUCCCAGUUUUCCAUCCACUCGUGGACCCAGUAUCAGGAGAGCUUGAUGCCAGAAGAGCUUUCACCAAAUGGAGGCGGAAUCACAACCACAUCUGGCAAGUCUUGAUGUAUGCACGUACAGUUUUCUACAAGAUAAACACCAGUGAGCCCCUAAACCCGGAGGCUGCUGUCUUAUAUGAAAAGGAUGUGCACCUGUUCAAAAGCAAAGUGGUGGAUAGUGUGAAACUAUGCAACAGUCAUCUUUUUGAUCAGCCCAAGAUCGACGAUCCCUAUGCAAUAAGUUUUUCUCCGUGGAAUCCAGCUGUUCACGAGGAAGCAAAAGAGCGAAUGUUUGCAUACAGAAGAUGGCCUGAGGAUCUCCACAAGGGACCCCAGGUGUCAGGCCUAUCCUGGGUGAAACCUGGGUCGACGCAGCCCUUCAGCAAAGACGACGGCCCUCCUCAGAGUUGAAAUGGCACCGUCCCUGCAGCGGCCACUAGGGGGAGGCACAAGCAUUGGUAGCCUCAGCUGUUCAUGUGAACUGGAUCCAUGAAAGAGUUGAACUUUUAUAUUAACUCAAUGUUACGACUCAGCUUUAAAAGCUUCUAGGCAUCUCCUUAAACCACAUUAAAGGAAAUGAAGUGUGUAUAAUAUGUAAAUUAAUGACAAAUGGAUGUCUUGGCAAUACUGUUUGGGUUGUGAUACAAUCAAAGAGCUUUGGUCUGCCUUGAUGACUGCGUCAUUAAAGCCGUUUGCAGUAAGAAGGUAAGUGUAGUGGUGAGGAUGAAGUAUGGCACUCAUUAAAGUCGGCUCAGGACUGUUUAUUUGGAAGACUGUCUGUCACAGCUGUGUGAGUGAAACGGUUUCACGGCCACCCCUUAGAUUGACAUUUUUUCAUAUUUGUUCCUUAUUUGAUAAUGAUAUUCUUAAAUUUGUGUAAAAUUGUCUUACAUAGUUCAUAAUAUAUAUUGAGCAGAGAAGGAAAUUUUAAGAGAAGCUAAAUAAAUGUGUAUUUUCAGAUUUUUUUUUUUUUAUUGAAUGUUUCACCAUUUCUACCUAUAGCUAUUGAUUUGCUGUGUAAAUAUCAGAUUGAGAUGUUUUCAGAUGAAGACUUCUUUUUUUUUUUCUUUUUUUUUUUUAAGGUGUUCUUGGAUUUUUCUCAAUCUUAUACUCCCAACCAUGUCAUCUCUUCUUUAUCAGAGAAGGUUCUGCGAGACUGAUCUGAAUAAAAACCAAAAAUG